GCGAGCUGUCUGUUUUUCAUCUUUAACAUUUCCACCUUCCCACAAACCCCUCCGGUGUGUGUGUCCGCACACACAGCGACAGCGCCUCUCUCUCUCUCUGUUUCGCUGAGUGUUUAUUAGAUUAGAAACGAAAUUUCGACCCAUUAAUUGCAAAGCAGUUGCGUAGCGUUUUGUUCCUCACCGACGGGGCAGUGAUUGUGGCGCUUGUGUUUGUAGCGAGCGCUCGCGUGUGUGCGUGUGUGUGUAUGUGUCCGUACGUGUGCUAAUAGUGGCGUUCAUCCGCAGCAGGGUACAGAGGGUACACACACUCCAAAACACAUCCCCGCUGUGCCAUCGAGCUGCGUUUGCCUGUUUGCCUUCCCGCCUUGGAUGUCCGCUGCGGGCCGGGCACCAGAACCAUAUCCGACCGUACGUCCGGCUGCUGCCGACAGUUCCCUCCCCGGAACGAUGUGACCCCGAGCCGCCCAAGCGCAUCCUUAUCCGUAGCAAGCGAGCGCGCGAGCGUGUGUGUGUGUGUUGUGAACUAACCACCCAGCCCUUCUCCAACUACCCCCUUCCCUCCCACGGCGCGUGGUACGUGCUAGGAGCAGGUGUGUAAAUAGUCCUAGUUGGCUUGUGCGGCCCAAAGCCGCCCUCAAUCAACCAGCGCCAACAACCAUCACUCCCUUCUUGUGCGAUAAAACGGAAGAAAGAGAGCGAAAGAGUGCGUGAGAGCGAGAGAGCGAGAAGGAAAGUGUGAGGAAGCAUCAACCGAUCAACCGCCGGAAUCGGCAUCCCCCCACCCCCUCCGAUCAAGCAGUUCUUCAACCAGCGGACGGCGUUCGGCAUUGUCCUUUGAGCCCGUUUUGCCCUAAACCCGUUGACCACAAAGCUCGCCGGACCGAGCACCCCAGCUCGAUGGCAAACGUCGACGAAAAUGGCUGUGCGGGAGCUGCACCGGAUGGACAGCAAUCCAUGGAUGGAGCGUACCCACUGCGGAUUAAGGUCGUGGCUGGGCUGCAGCUGGCAAAGAAGGAUAUAUUUGGCGCUAGCGACCCGUACGUGCGCAUUGACGUAAACCAGAUCAGCGGUGACGCGACCGUCCUGUCCAAGUUCACCAAGACGAAGAAGCGGACGCUCCACCCGAAGUGGAACGAGGAGUUCAUCCUGCGCGUCAACCCGGCCGAGCACAAGCUGGUGCUGCAGGUGUUCGACGAGAAUCGGCUCACGCGCGACGACUUUCUCGGCAUGGUCGAGCUGUCGCUCGAUCAGCUGCCGAAGGAGCGGCCGGGCGUCGAGAUCCCGAUCCGUAGCUACCCACUGCGACCGCGCAGGUCAGUUCGCGCUCGUUCGAAUGUGCGGGGCGAGCUGCAACUGUACCACGCGUUCAUUGUCGAUCAGGACAGCAACGAGACUGACUGGGAGAUGGUUGACUCGAAUCCCGUCCCAAGCGUUGCCAGUACGCCGCGUUCCUCGACCAGCAAUGCGGCCGCGUUCGAGCUGCCCCAGGGCUGGGAGGAGCGCCAGGACGCGAACGGUCGCACCUACUACGUCAAUCAUGUGGCCCGCUCGACCCAGUGGGAACGUCCCACGGCAGUGCCUAUGGAAGCGAUCGCCGAAAGCGAUAUGGACGUUGCAUUCCAGCGCCGGGUACACAUCAGCGUAGACGACAGCGCAACGUCGGAUACGGGCAGUGUCGGGUCGGAUCUGGCCGCCCUGCAGCUCAACACAUCGCGUAGCAACUCGCUCGUGUCCGCGUCGAACGGAAGUCUCGCGAGCAGCGCCCGUCCCGAUGGUUCGGCCGAAAAGGAGUCUACCCACACCGUAGUGUUGCGUUCGGGUGCUGCACCCGCUCAGUCCGCACACCGGCAUCUGAGUACACCGCCCCGGCUGCCGGCCGCGCUGGUGCGAAGCAGUACGCGGGCCGUCCCCAUACCAGGCCGGGCGGCGGCGGCACUGAAUCGGUCCAGAAGUGCAGUUUCGCGGUGGACAACGGUGGGCGCAGCGGGGCAGCAGUGCACGGCCCGUCCAGGCAGGCACGAGCAACUGACGGAGGAACCCGCCCAAACCACGGCCGAGCAGGAGAACGGUGAGAACGGCGGGGUGCAGCUACGAUCGUCCGCCCAUCUGGCGGACGGUGGGCGCCGUUCGUCGAGCCGCUCGUCCAUCGGCAGUGACAGCAGCUUGCGGGCGCAGCAGCGGGCCGCAAUCGACGCAGCGGACGAGGACAUGGUGGACGGUGGCGGCGUCGGCCAGACCGUUGUGCGCAGCGGUAGCAGCCACAGUAGCAGCAGCAGCAGUGCCUCCAGCAACAUGAACGGCGACCGGCGACCGUCCACCAGUGGGGGCACCCACCCCCACCAUCACCAGCACCACAACAACAACAACAACGGGGGUACGUUCGGCACCGGCGCAACGCACGGCAGCAACAGCAUCAACAACAACGACACGAGCGACGACCGCUCCUCGACCCGGUCCUCGACGUCGAACGAGAACGACUCGUCGGGCAGCAGCCCGUCGACUGGCGGAGGCGCCGGUUCGAUGACACUGCCGGCCGGCUGGUCGAUGCAGCUCGCCCCGAACGGGCGCGUCUUCUUCAUCGAUCACAACGAGCGCAAGACGUCGUGGGUGGAUCCGCGAACUGGCCGGGCCAGUCCGAUGCCGACCAGCCAGGGUUCGGCCGCCCUGAGCGACGUGCGCCGGCCGGAGGACGGGCUAGCGCCGCUGCCGGAAGGCUGGGAGGAGCGGGUGCACAGCGAUGGCCGUAUCUUCUUUAUCGAUCACAACACCAGAACCACCCAGUGGGAAGAUCCACGGCUGUCCAUACCGAACAUCGCCGGGCAGGCGGUUCCUUACUCGCGCGACUACAAGCGAAAGUACGAGUACCUGAAGACGCAGCUACGAAAACCGCAAAACGUGCCGAACAAGAUCGAAAUCAAGGUGCGCCGUGCGUCCAUCAUGGAGGAUUCCUACCGGAUCAUCAACUCGGUCACGCGGCUCGAUCUACUCAAGACGAAGCUGUGGAUCGAGUUCGAGGGCGAGGCAGGCCUGGACUAUGGUGGGCUGGCGCGCGAAUGGUUCUACCUGCUGUCGAAGGAAAUGUUCAACCCGUAUUACGGCCUGUUCGAGUACUCGGCGAUGGACAACUACACGCUCCAGAUCAACCCGUACAGUGAGCUGUGCAACGAGGACCACCUGCUGUACUUUAGAUUCAUUGGCCGGAUCGCCGGCAUGGCGGUGUACCACGGCAAGCUGCUCGAUGCGUUCUUCAUCCGGCCGUUCUACAAGAUGAUGCUGCAGAAACCGAUCGACCUGAAGGACAUGGAGGCGGUCGACACCGAGUACUACAACUCGCUCGUCUGGAUCAAGGAGAACGACCCGAGCGAGCUGAUGCUGACGUUCUGCGUGGACGAAGAAACGUUCGGGCAGACGACGCAGCACGAGCUGCUGCCGAACGGGGCCGCCAUCGACGUGACGAACGAGAACAAGGACGAGUACAUCCGGCUGGUCAUCCAGUGGCGGUUCGUGUCGCGCGUCCAGGUGCAGAUGCAAGCGUUCCUGGACGGGUUCGGUUCGCUGGUGCCGCUCAACCUGCUCAAGAUCUUCGACGAGCACGAGCUGGAGCUGCUGAUGUGCGGCAUCCAGAACAUUGACCUGCGGGACUGGAAGCGCAACACGCUGUACAAGGGCGACUACUACCCGAACCACGUCGUCAUCCAGUGGUUCUGGCGGGCGGUGCUGUCCUUCUCGAACGAGAUGCGCGCCCGACUGCUGCAGUUCGUGACCGGCACGUCCCGCGUCCCGAUGAACGGCUUCAAGGAGCUGUACGGCUCGAACGGCCCGCAAAUGUUCACGAUCGAGAAGUGGGGCACGCCGGAAAACUACCCCCGGGCACACACGUGCUUCAAUCGAUUAGACUUGCCACCGUACGAAAGCUACCAGCAGCUGAAGGAUCGUCUCAUUCAGGCCGUCGAGGGCAGUCAGGGUUUCGCCGGCGUCGAUUAGAUAUGUUUGCGAUACUCACGGUGUGUGUCUGUGUUUUGGUGUGGUCGCUUACUGCAACACAGAGAGAGAGAGAGAGAGAGAGAGAGAGAGAGAGAAGACACAGAACAUACACACGCCCCGUCCACACACAGUAUGCCAUCACACGUUCAAUAAGAAGAAACGAAACAACAAUACGGUUAGAGAAAUUUCUUAGCUUCGCAAGCAACACAUGGGCUCGCUCCCUUCUCCGAACCCCUCCCACUGUACGCCGUCAGCCGGGGCUGCGCGAUCCCAGUCCGAUAGAUCGGCCAAGCCAAGAAGAUGCCGACGGUGGGACGGCUCAUGACAAUCAAGUGUACACACGCUCGGGUCGGGGGUUUGCUCGAACAUGUGUGGUUAGUUAGGUUAGGCGUAAUAGAAAUAGCUAGGCUCUAGGGAUAGGAGAAGACGGGUGCGGCAGGCCAACACAGCAACACAGGCCCGGUGAGCGAAACUUAAACAACGUGAUAUUUGAUACCAGCUGCCAAAAAAGGAAGGAAAACAAGGAUAAACAAACAUUAUCGAAGGGUAGAAACUCUUGUGCGCGAUAACCAAACGGCAACAAACCGUGCAAAAUCAAACAAACAAAAAAAAACAUACCUGCGCCGUAGUGCCGCGUUGGAGAGAAAUCAUCGAUAAAUGAUAAACAAAAACUCGUAGACAUACAAUGUAAAGAAAAGGCCCCCUAUCCCCCCAUGUGGCAGUGUGAACGAGAAACAAAAGUCCAAAGAAAGCAUUGCGCCUCCCAUCCUCGUUUGCAGACGCUCGGAGAGAGAACUGAGUAAACAGCUGAUGCAGACACCCAAGCCCAUCCUGCAGUUAGGGUUUGUAGGUAUAUAUGAUACAGAAAAUUGAAACAAAAACACUAGAAACCACAGGGGAGGGUCGUAUUUCGUCGGUGUCAUUGGUAAAGCAACGACUACCAUCAAAAUUGGUUUUUGGUCGGAUUUUUGUAGUCGGCAAAGAUAGUAAAGAAACGUAUCGAUAACUUGAUCGGGUUGUACAUUUACUUUAUUGGGAACACGAUUGGAACGUAGUUUUCGGAUGUUCUUGUGUGUGUAUGUUUUUAAAGAAAGGAAAGCGGAGAGAGAGAGAGAGAGAAAAGAGAGAUAGAAAGGAAAAGAGAUAUAGAGAGAGAUAGAUAGAGAUAGAGAGAGAUAGAAAGAUAUAGAAAGAGAUAGAAAGGAAAAGAGAGAGAUAGAGAAGGCAAGAGAGAGAGAGAGAAGUUAAAAAGAGAGAGAGAAGUAUGAAAGAGAUAGAGAGAACGAGAGGGAGAGAGAGAGUGAAAGAAGUAUGAAAAAAAGAGAGAGAGAGAGAGAAGUAUGAAAAAGUAUCUAAAUUUGAUUACGGGCUAGUAGUGAUCGUUUAUCCUAAUUUUGUUUACCUUUCUCUUCCCUCUCACACACACACACACACUAGGGAUGGGGAAAACAAAACAAAUCCGAUUAAAUUCUAAAUUUAACGACUCAAAGUCAUCGUAGCGAAUGUUAGUGCAAUAGCAUUAUUUGGCAGGCUGCGAAAGUAAGCCGACACGUUUGUGUCGAGAAAAAGAGGGUAAAAGAAUAAAUAGCUAAACAAAAUUUAACCAGUGAACCACGAAAUGGGCUGAUUGAACGAUAAAAUGCGAUAAAUACGGGAAGAGUAAAUUGCAGAACACGCACUGCAAAGCAUGCGUACCUACCAAGGUACGCUAAAUCGUUGCUAUUUUUAACUAACGAAGCAAAGCUAAAAGGAUGUACUAUAUUUAAACGAAACCACUCAAUACCCCAUUGUAGCGUGGAAAAGAGAGAGAACAUGGAGCAGGCUGGAAAACAACAAGGAAAAACAAAAAAAAACAAAUGGCUGUUAUAUAUAUAUGCGUGUGUGGGGCCGAUUCCCGUAAAAAGGAUUUGCGGAGUGUUGCAAACCGGAUAGGGGUUUUUUUUUUCGUGUGGGGGUGAAGAGUUGUGCAAAGAGUUGUCUGUUUUUGGCUCAGCUCUUAUCUCUCUUGCAUCCCCCACUCCCCCUCCUGCCGCCGUCGCCGUUGUAUUUUUCAUCCUAAUCCAAUCCAAACGUUUCUGUGUACUAUGUUUGCUCGUUGUUACUUAAUUCGUUGUUCGUGGCUGUUUGGGCCACAGGCGUAGCGUGUGAUGCUUGUUAUAUCCCUGCAAGGCUACAAAGGCUAGGUGAGAAACUUAACAACAAAAGAAAAAAAGGAGAGAAGACAUAAACAAAACAGAAUAUUUAUAUACGAUAAUCCAUCCCUCGUGCUUUACCAUUGCGAGCUGCAGAAGAAUAAUGUUACAAGGCUAUAUUUAUUGAUUCCUCUGCCAGUGCGACUGUGUGGGGCCCGUGUUUGUGAAGGGCCGGAACAGGAGCGGCAAAUAAAAACCAACAGAUACUACACUAAAACGGGAAGGGGAUUGUAAUAAAGGCGAUUUGUUUUGACGAAGCGCGAACGAAAUAAAUUUGUUAGAGAAGAAGAGAAAGUGAUGGAGAGAGAGAGAGAGAGAGAGAGAGAGAGAGAGAGAGAGAGAGAGAGAGAGAGAGAGAUAGAGAGAGAGAGAGAACGGAUCAGUUAACUGGCAAUGCUGCGGCACUUUCGAAACUAUCCCGAGAACAAAGUUCAGAACUUAUUAAUGUUUCAGUUAAUUUGUAUGUUAGAGUUUAAUGGAAACAUAUUUUAAAUAAAGUGGAACUUACGAAGGAGUAAAAUUAUGCAGCAUCUAAA